AUGGCUGCUUCAUCUAAAGUAAGUGAUAUUGCCAUAAAACUAUGUGAAAUUGAAAGCUGCCAACGUGCCUCGGCUACAUUUUGUCAUCACUGUAAGAAAGAUGUAUGUCGACGUCACUUCAAUGAACAUGCAGAUCAGCUUGUACAAGAACUGAAUCCAUUAGCCGAUAGUGUUAAUAAAUUGCGUGAGAAAAUUAACUCUUUUGGUAUAAAAGAAUAUAACCAGAAGGAACUUGACAAAUUAGUUCAAUGGCGUGAUGAAGCUGUAAACAAUAUUAACGAUUUAUAUGAAUUGAAGAAGCGAAAGCUUGAUCUGUUAUUCCAAGAUAAUGAAGAGAUAUUUUUACAACAGACGGCUCGUCACAUGGAAGUAAUUAAUAAAUUGACGAACGAAACAGCGAAUUUUGUUGAAGAAAGUGAUGUUACAUUUGAGCAGUUGCUGAUACUAAAACGACAAUUACAUGUAUUAGAAGAUGGUAUUAAUGAAACACACAGCCGUGUCGUCUAUUGUGAUAUAAAACCAUUAUUGAUUGACUAUAACUUAGUUCUUUUACACUCUGCAACAAAUAAUUACAUGCGAGGAGGUACACUUCUAUGUGCUGACUAUCAAAUGAGAUUGAAUGAUUUUUAUGGUAAUGCAAGACAAAAAUGGGAAUUGAUCUACAAAGGAACAAAAGACGGUUUUUGUACAAAAGACUUUCAUCGCUGUUCAGAUAACAAAGGGCCGACGAUGACUAUUAUACAGACAAAAAAUAAUAACUAUCUAUUUGGAGGUUAUACAGAAAUACCCUGGGAUUGUGACGGCUACUAUAAACAUGAUCCAGCCGCGUUCAUAUUCAGUUUAACAAAUGCACAUGCCAUACAACCAACUAAAUUUUUCAAGAAACGCAUUAAUACGUUCUCGGUUUCUCAUGGAACCGAUAGAGGUCCGCAUUUUGGCGGACUUAUACUAGGCGAAAAACACUUCUGUGACUUUCGGAUAUCGGACAACGCACACAAUUACAAAUACUCAACUAGCGACUUUCCCGCAGCCUACAUUGAUACUACUGGAAAAGGUGAAACGCUUUUUGCCGGAGAAAAGAACUUUUUUGUGGGAGAGAUCGAAGUUUAUAGGCGCGCUGAUGAGAGCAAAGAUAAAUCUAUCAAUAAGGAUGAAUAUAAAGGUGAUAGAUAA